UCUGAGGCUCUACCCCUCCUGAUCUUCGACAACCCAUCGAUUGUCGACGGCGCCUCCAGUCUAAAUCUCCACCGGAGACGCGGUCACGUCACCUUGAAGCAUUUGCGUAGCAAUGGCAAGACAGCAUAGCGACGUCAGCGUCAGACCUCGAUUGACGUCAAUGAUAGGAACAAUGGGCUCUAUAUCAGAGACCAGACCGCAACACCAUGUUUCCUCGACUCACUAAUCACCCGACCCUCAUCAGACACCGCCCAACAUGACGACGCCUCUCAAACCAUUCUACCAGCUCAAGUGCGGCUGCAACUCGUACCCAUGGGGCAAGCAGGGCAAGUCCUCGCUGUCGGGGUACCUCUGCGAGCAGACACCCGGCUACGCGCCCGACGACAAGGCGCCCAAGACGCCCUUCCAGGCCAAGGAUGACGAGGCGUACGCCGAGAUGUGGAUGGGCACCUAUCCCACCCUCCCAUCGUACGUGGCCGACACGGACGAGAAGCUGCAGGCGGUGCUGGACCGCCACCCGAACGAGCUGCUUGGCAAGGCGGUCGUGGACAAGUUUGGCCACACGCAGCUGCCCUUUUUGCCCAAGAUCCUCAGUAUCUCCAAGGCGCUGCCGCUGCAGAUCCACCCGAACAAGGCGUUCUCGGCCAAGAUGCACAACGAGAACCCGGACGCCUUUGGCGACCCGAACCACAAGCCCGAGAUCGCCCUGGCGCUGACCGAGUUUGAGGCGUUUGUCGGUUUCAAGCCCCUGGACGCCGUGGCGGCCCUGCUGGAUCUCCCCGAGCUGAAGCACCUGCGCACCUCGGGCAACGCGUCUCGCUCCGCCUUCACCAACGAGGACCUCCGCGCCGUUGUGCGCGACAUCCUCAACGCCUCCCCCGAGACGUGUCGCGACACCUACAAGGCCAUCACCAGCAUGCCCUCGGGCGCCUUCACCGGCCCCCACAACGGGCACAUCCAGAAGCUCGCGCCCCGCCUUGCGGACCAGUACUCGUCCGCCGACCCGGGUCUGCUCGUGGCCUUGCUGGCGAUGAACUACCUCGUGCUCCAGCCGGGCGAGGCCGUCUACAUCCCCGCCGACGGCAUCCACGCGUACCUGUCGGGGGACAUUGUCGAGUGCAUGGCGCGCAGCGACAACGUGCUCAACACGGGUUUCUGCCCGCGCGCGGAGCGGGACAAUAUCGAGCAGUUCUGCUCUUUGCUCACAUUCACCCCGCACGACAAGACGCAGUGCAUGCUACCGGCCAAGAAGUACUGGCGCAGCGAGAAGGGACGCACGCAGGCGUACGCGCCCCCGCUGAGCGAGUUCAACGUGCUGGCCACGACGCUGGGCAAGGACGAGGACGAGGUGUUGGGCAAGGGCGGCGCCGGCAUCGUCAUCGCGACGAGGGGCAGUGGGCGCGUGGACGUGGACGGCGGAGAUGGGUUUGAUCUCAAGGAGGGACACGUAUACUUUGUCGGCCAGGGCGUGAAGCUGAGCAUCAAGGCGGGCGGUGAUGGGCUCACGAUGCACACGGCGUAUGUAGAGUAGACAGAUAGAGAUGUGGUAUCCAAUUAAUUAGGUAUAUUGUGUUGGUCAUUAUUCAUCAGGGGGUAUCAGUCACCCGUCCGCGUGUCCCGUAUCAUCUAUUCUUCCAGAAUGGCAAAGUCCCAGCCGUCCCUCACCUCUUGGCUCUCGCCCAAGUCGGUCUUGAGGUAACAUCGGUGGUUGUCUCGGUAGUUGUCGCCCUUUUGCACGCCCCAUGCGCAGGCCGUGCACCCGUCGAAGCCGGCGCAGUUGACCAUGCAGUCCUGCAUGGAGGCCGUCCA